AUGCGAAAUUCGCAAAGAUGUAGCAAGAAAAAGGGUUUCCUCUCGCCCUCUCUCCUCAUUUUGCAUGCUCUCUCGAGUAAAAAUAUUGCCGAAUAUCUCGGCUGUGAGGGCAAAUGAGGGGCUCAAAUUUUCAGUGAUUACCCUUUAUCCUGUACAGGAUAUUGUAGCAAAAUUUGGAUGAAAUCGAAGACUCACUCUUUAGGCUAUCUCAAAUUGAAAAAUUACAAAAAAAAAAUCAAAAAUUUCGCCGGAAAAUUCAUUUUUUUUAAAUUUUUAGCCUGCGGAUUCCACACUCAUGCCAUGGAAGGGGAGAUUGUGUCCCCCGGCUAUCCGGAUGUGGACUAUCCGAACUACGCAUCGUGUUUAUGGGAGAUCUCCGUGCCUCCCGGCUUCCACGUCAAGCUGAACUUCGAUCGGCUGGACAUUGCCAAGUCGGCCGGCUGUCUGAAGGAUUACUUGGCCGUUUAUCAGGAGCAUCAAAGUCGGGGGAAGGACCCGAUGAGAAACUAUUUGUUCUACUUUGAUCAUGAUGAGUUGGUCAAGGUGGGAUUUCAUUUUAUUUUAAUUUUUUUUAACAAAUACUUUAUUAUCAGUCUGUCGGGAAAAUAAUGAGCACUCUGUCGCGUGGAAAAUCGCCCCCAAAAAUGAAUUGUGUCGCGACAAAAUCAAAUUGCUUUUCCCUUUAGCGACGUGAUUGGCGCAGCGACAUUAUGCUCAUUAUUUUCCCGACAGUGGUUCCUGCAAAGCGCGAUCGGUAUGUAGAACGUCAUAGAUGUCUCCGAAAAUAUACACCAUAAAAUAUGUCCCCGUUUUUGUUAAAAUCUGAACGUUUUACGUUGAGCACCUCCCCUGUAAACUAACAAGGGAAGAACCCCAAUGUGAUGCUCAGAUUUUAUUUAAAUUUUACACACACAUCCGUUAUGAACUAGGUAUCAAUUCCUGAAAGUUUUAGCUCGCGCUUUGCGGGCGCCGCCGAGAUAUUUAACGACCUUUGCCGCCGAGAGAGUACGCUAAACGCGGAGAGCGGUCAGAGAGAGAAGAAAAAAACACUUUUCAAAUCAUAACUUUGCUAGUUUCUUUUCUUAAAUUAAGAAAAAAAUUAUUUUUUGUGGAAAGGUCUAUGUAGAAAUAGGCAUGCAACUUUUUGUGCCGAAAUUUGGCAAAAAGCCCUAAAUUUUCGCCAAUUUUCGACCUAAAAAUCUCGGUUGUUUCUGCAAAGCGCGAGCUAGCAUUCUCGCAUAUAUUUUUGAAAAAAUCAUUCUAAAUUUGUGCCAAGUUUCAUCAAAAUCUGAGCGUUGCCGUUUGACCACCUCCCCUUUAAAAUAAGCCCUAACAAUAAGACUUUUUAGAGGAUCUGCGGUAUCGAUGCGAUCGCGCCAAUCGAAACAGAAAGUCGUCGAGUUCGACUCAACUUCACGACAAACAAUGACAUCACCGCCAGAGGCUUCCGUCUCACUUGGGAAGCGAAAUGCGGAACCGUCUUCCAACUGAACCAUGGGGAAGUUAUGUCGCCGUUUUAUCCGAGCUAUUAUCCGAAUGAGGACAUGGAAUGCAUUUAUCAGAUCAAUCCACCAACAAAGUACACGCAGAUUGUUACAAUUCGAAUCGAUGACCUCGAACUGGAUGAUACCUUGGGUAGGAAAAGUGAAAGCCAUUUUUAGGAUGACUUUGAUGAAUUUUUGGCCUUUUCCGUGCCACAGUGGGGACCUGAGCCAGCGGCAAAAAACGUACCGUUUUGCAUCCGGGAAGUAUCAAAAAUGUGGCAAAAUGCUUCCCUCUCCAAGUGAAAAAACUCCGAUUUCUAAAGCGCGCCCGCUCUUUUUGUGAGGGAAAGGGCCCUUCAAAACAAAGUUUUUUUUCACUUGGAGAGGGAAGCAUUUUGCCACAUUUUUGAUGCUUCACGAAUGCAAAAAGGUCCGUUUUUUGCGGUUUUCCGGCCGAAAGAUACUUUUCUCUGAAUUAUUUUAUUUCUUUUGUCAAUUUUGACACUUUGUUGGGACGAAACUCAAAAACUGGAAAACAUUUUUCUUCUAUUUCGGGUUGCCGUUCGACCCCCAAAUUUUUUUAAAAUUUUGCACACACGUCGGGGAUGAACUAAAAAUCAAUUCCUGAAAGUUUUAGCUCGCGCUUUGCAAGCGCCACCGAGAUAGUGAACCAUCUUUGCCGCCGAGAGAGUACGCUUAACGCGGAGAGCGGGCAAAGUGAAAAACUCUUUUUGGCCAUAACUUUGGCAGUUUCGUGCGGGAAAAAUUGAUUUUUUGUGGAAACAUUACCCUUUACGGUAGAAAUAGGUAUGAAACUUUUCGUGGCGAAAUUCGGCAAAAAGUCCUAAAUUUUCGCCGACUUUCGAUCUAAAAAUCUCGACCUCCAACCUUUCUCGAAAUGGUAAAGCAUAAUAUGGCGAAUAUGAGUAUGAUUUUCGACACGCAUUUUAUUAACUAAAUAGAGAAGAUUAUCUUUAUGAAAAAAAGUUAACAAAACGUGAAUCUUAACAAACAAAAACGCGCCAAAAAAAACGCCGGAUAAUCAUGCAUCAACCUAAUAAAAAUCUCUGUUGUUUCUGCAAAGCGCGAGCUAGGAUCCUCGCAUAUAUCUCAGAAAAAAUUAUUCUAAAUUUGUGCCAAGUUUCAUCAAAAUCUGAGCGUCUCACUUGGGGUACUUCCCCUGUAAACUGAAAUACAUAAGUUUAGAUUAACAUAGUAGCCUUAGUAAAAUAUAUAUAUUAUAGUAAUAGUAUAGUAGCUGGAAUGACUUUUGCGACCUGUUGUUUUCAGUUGACGGAAAGCGAAAGCCAUGUGGAAGCGAUUACGUGCAAAUCAUUGACGUCGCCGCGAACCGAGUGGCCUUUACGGCUUGCGGACGGAACAACGAAGAAGCCGGCUUCAGUCCCAUCUCAAUAAAGGUGAGUUUCGUCAACUCUGCUGUAUAAAUUACUCCCCGUUUCUUUCCAGGGCCCAGUCGCUGUUCGGUUUGUGAGCAACACGACCUUCUUCCAAGACAACAAACGGAAACGGAUGCGCGGCUUCCACCUGACGUACGCGCUCUCGGAUUGCGGCGGAGAGAUUGUGCUGGACGAAGAGACUUCGCAUAUGACCGGAACCAUUACUUCUCCAUCCUUCCCACUGCCCUAUCAUCACAAACUCAACUGUGUGUGGAAUGUCACAGCGCCGGACGGAUAUGUUAUUGCCGCAAAGUGGGAUUUUUGAGACUUUUUUUUUGUUUUUGAUGACUUAAAAUUUAGGUUGUAGAUUCUAGAGGGGGGAUUUUCUUAAAAUUUUGAAAAUAUGCUCUGUAUAGAACUCAAAAAAAUCACAGAAAGUUUUGGCUUGCAUGUUGCGAGCAACGCUCAGAUAUUCAAGGAUUUUGGCAGCCGAAAAAAAUCUAAAAAAUGUGGAGAACUCUUGGAAAAAUACGUUUUUUUACACUUGUCCGUUCUUUGUGGCUGGAGUAAUUUUUGGCGGACUGUGCAUAAAAUUCAGAGUGCCAGCGACAGUCCGGAAUAGGGCUCUUGCACGGUUCAAAAGCAAGAAAUUGGACAGUGCAGUUUUUCCACUGCAAUGUCAACCCCAAAAAAUCCUUUUCAGAUUCCGCCAAAUGGACAUUGAAGGCUCCGAGCAGUGCUACUUCGAUUACAUCGAGCUCUGGGACGGAGUCGAAGCCACAAACACCACGACUUGGGGCCGAAUUUGCGGGCAAACCCCGCCGUUCGGCACGAAGAUGACCAAGACCAACAACAUGUUGAUCCAGUUCCACACGGACGAAACGACGAGCAAGGGCGGCUUCAGCCUGGUGCUCACCGCCACGCUGGGCCCGGAGAAGGGCUGCGGCGGCGAGAUCCGCGCCGACGCCGAGUGGCGCACCAUCCAGCCGCCGCUCAGCAAGGGCGAGGAGAUGGACACGUACAUGAACAACCUGCGCUGUUGGUGGCGCAUCUCGGCCGACAAGGGCAGCGUGAUCGAGUUCAAGCUGAGCGACGUGGACCUGGAACAGCGCCGGGUCAUGGGGAAUGGGAGUUGCUACGACUUUUUGGCGGUAAGAUUUCGAAAAAUUUCAUAUUUUUUUUUAUUUUUUGUCAUAAAUUUUGCAAGGAAAGUAUCUUCUAUGGGGUAUGGAGUUACAGGUCGAGAUAUACAUCAAAAAAUCGCAAAUCUUUUCUGAUUCAGAGUAUGUAAAAAUUAGCCGCCCAAUUUUGGGUUGUAAGGGCGAAAAAACCCUCAGAACUUUUGGAACACCACGCAAAUGAAUGUAUUACCCUUUCUAUAGAACACGAGGAAGUGUGUUAUAGGCAGGCCGACUCAAAACCGGACCAAAAAACUCGAAAAUUUGCAAGUGGAACCAAAAACCUGGGGCACCCAAAAUUUAAAAAGAAAUCGCCAUAAUUUUCGAGCACUGCAGCCAAAUGAGAUGAAACUUUGCAUAGCUCAAUCUUAAAAGCUGAUUAACACUUGUGUAAAAUUUCAUGACAUUUGGGAAGAAAACCCCUGAAAUAUGAUCAAAAAAUGGGGUAGAACCAAAUACUGGGACGCACCAUAUAUGUUGACCUGUAAUUCCAUAACACAUAGAAGUAUGUCAAUAAAAAAUGAUUUUCAGAUCUACGACGGACCCCAAGGGAUCUCCCCAUGGCUUCUGCGGCCGUCUUGUUUGGCCAAAGACUUUGAUCAAGAGCACUUGCAUUACUAUUCAUCGUACAAAAAAGCUGACGUUUAUUUCGAAACCGACUCCUCCGACGCUUUCGGCGGCUUCACUCUGCAAUUUCGAGCGAUUGAGCGUGAGAAAUUUUUUUAUAUUUUUUUUUAUUCUUUCUUCGAUUUUUGACCAAAAUUAUCGGUGAAACUUCCUUUUUCUGGCCCCAGCGAAAAGAAGGUCUUGCAGCUUGCGCCCGAACAAUUCCGGUUGGAUGGAAUAUCAGGGCUAGGCAGGUCAGGCUUAGUUAAGACCUAGCGUUAAGCUUAGUUUUAGCGCUUGGGCCGUUUCCUCUUUUUAUUCGCAGUCAGCAGAGAAACCAGGGCGCAAGCUGCGAAGCGCCGGGCCAGAAAAAGGAAGUUUCUCCAAAUCGUCCUGUUUCAGCGGAUUGCGGCGGAGUCUAUACCGCCAAGGCCGGCGAAGAUCAACUUCUCGUCUACAACAGUCAAAGAAGUAAGUUGCCACCCCGUCCGGCAAUUUUUCCCCACCUUUUCAGCGCUCACUCGAACCCAUCAGCGCUACAAACGCUGCCGCUUCUUCAUCCGCGGCGAGGAGAACGAGCCCAUCGAGUUGUCGAUGAACUCGUUCAGUUUCCCCACGAAGACCGCGAAAUGCGACGAGGAGUUCUUCGAGGUCAGCGACGUGGGAACGGUGGCCGAAUGCCAGCAUCCGGCGUGCGCCACCGAGCAAAAGGACGCGCAGAACAUCUACAGGACCUGCGGAAGCAAUGUGUUUUGGCGGUUCGUCUCCAAAACGUCGCUGGUUCAGGUGAGGAGUUGGACGAGACUUGGCUCAAAUUAAAUUGGGAAGCGUUCCUACAGUGGGAGACCUGAUCCAGUGGCAAAAAACGUACCGUUCUGCUUCCGGGAAGUGUCAAAAAGGUGGCAAAAUGCUUCCCUCUCCAAGUGAAAAAACUAAACUCAGAUUUCAAGAACGCGGCUGCUCUUUUUAUGAGGGAAACGGCUCGCCCUUCAAAACGAGGUUUUUUCACUUGGAGAUGGAGGCAUUUUGCCACAGUUUUGAUACUUCCCUGAUACAAAAUAGUAUGUUUUUUACGAAAUUUUCAUUCCAAAUUUCACCAGAAAGUGUCGCAUUUUGACCAACUUUUGCUCUAAAAAUCUCAGUCGUUUCGUCGUUUCUGCAGGACGCGAGCUGGGAGUCUCGUGUAUGCUUUAUUUUUUGAUAAAAUUGUUCUAAGUUUGUUUCUGGUUUCAUCAAAAUCUGAGCGUCGCAUUUGGCACCUUCCUUUUUUUCAAAUUUUUUCCUUGAAAUAAUGUUUUGUUUCAACGCAAGUUUUAACUAUUCAACGUUUUCAGAUAGUGACCUCAGUCGUUCUACAAAGUCAAUUUACCAGUUCCUUCAAUUUAACCUACACUUUAUUGGAUUGUAAGUUAUAUAUCAACGUCUCUGGAGUGAUUUCAGCGACAUGCACAGUGCGAAAACCAAAGUUCAUUUUGCACAGUGCAAUUUCUUGAUUUUUGCACCGUGUGAUAUGCUUUUUUGGGCUGUCGCUCACACCCCAUAUUUUUUCGCACAGUGCAAAUGCCAAAAAUCACUCCAGCGACUUCCCACAAGAACUCCUACAUCCAAAAUUUCAGCCUGUAACCGGACAAUCACCGUCGACGACCCUUACAGUCGUUUCGCGUCGGGUCGAGUCCACAGUCCCAACUUCCCCUAUCAAUACGACGCGAAUUCCACGUGCAUAACGAGGAUCAAGGUCCCGGACGAGUAUCGCAUUCUGCUGGUGUUCAAACAGUUCAUGAUCGAGCGUGGCGCGUACACGCUGCGGCGCAACCCGUAUUGGCGACGAAUUCAGGGCGAGCCGGGCAGCCGGGGCAUCCCGCGCCUCUACUCGAAGCGACAAGUCGGGCAGUUCAGGGGGAUUGGCGGCCAAAUGACGUCAUUCGGCGGGAUCUCCAAGUUCUUCGACGACAAUUGCAAAUUCGAUGCGCUACGAGUGACCUACAACAUGACGGGGAAUUUGACCAAAACCUUGUGCGGAUUUGCAACGCCGCCGCCCGUGUUGACGGCGCAAAACCAGAUGGUUUUGAACUUUACGAGCGAUGCCAGCUCGAAUCACGGCGGCUUCGAUGCGAAUUACUAUUUGAUCAAGACCUAUCAACAGGAAUAUCAGAAGCUCUAUGAGUAUGCGCCAAUCUAUGAGAAGAGUGGGGUCGUUGUGAACCUUGGUUUCCCCGGAUAUAGUGUCAACACGACUUAUCGGUAAGCUGAGAAGAGACGUUGAAUUAUCAGCGGCUUAAAAAGAUCUCCGCCGAGUCUUUGAAACAUAUUGAAUUUCAGAGCUUUCGUCCUUCCGCCGCGCGGAAUGACCUGCGAAAUGAGCAUUACUCGGUAUUUGAACAAGGACCCGGUCACAUGCAACAACGGCGACGUGCUGAAAGUUGCGACAGUCACCGACGAUGGCACCCAUUGGACGGAAAUUGAGUGUGCUGUAAGUUACAAUAACCGAGAUAUUCAACAAAAUUUUUCGACAAGAGAGCACGCAGAAUGCGGAGAGCGGUCUGAAAAAAGAAUAAGAAAGUUUUUGGCGAUUUUUCCGCCAAUUUCGCGCUAAAAAAACGACUUUUUUGUUGAAAAAUUACCCUUUGUAGUAGAAAUAGAGUGGCGGACCAGAUCCAUUGGCCAAAAACGUACCAUUUUGCAUCCGGGAAGUAUCAAAAAUGCAGCAAAAUGCCUCCCUCUCCAAGCGAAAAAACUCCGAUUUCAAAAGCCACUCUUUUUGUGAGCGCAGUUAAAAACGGAUUUUUUUAGUUGGAGAGGGAGGCAUUUUGCCACAUUUUUGAUGCUUCCCUGAUGCAAAUGAUACGUUUUUUGCCACUGGAACAGGUUCCUCACUGUAGGGUGAGAUUACCAUGCAGAAUGGCGCCUGAACAUUACGCUAUGGACCAUACUUCCCUGGCCAUUCUAAAGAAAUAUUUUUGCAGAGCGAGAUGAGCGUGCGAAAAAUCUCGGCCGGACUGGUUCAAAAGGAGAUCCAAAGCUUCAAGAUCGAGUUCAACACGGACAGUGACGCCGCGAACGACGGACGCGGCUUCAUGGCCACCUGGGAUUGUAGCGAAGCAGUGACGGAGGUCCUAGUCACCGAUCAAUGGGACACAAAGAUUGUCACAUGA